AUGUACAGGCCCACGAAGCAGAGCCAAGAGCUGAAAGGCGGGCCACCAUCAAGUCCAGCUGACGCGGGGUUCUCACGCCGGGGGCGGAGCUUUGGGCUGAAGGGCGUGGCCGGCCCGAAGGUGGCGUCGCUGUCCGGGAGCCGCCGGGUCCGCCGGCUGCCCUCGCUGGGCCGCGUCGCGGUGGUGGUGGACCAGGGCUCGGGCUUCACCAAGGCGGGCUUCGCGGGCGAGGAGCAGCCGCGCCUGGUACUGAAGAGCUCCAACCUGGUGCCCAGCUGGGACUGGCCCGUGCUGCCCGGCUGUGAGCUGGCGGGCGGCGUGGCGCGGGCGCACCCCAUCAAGCACGGCGUGGUGGUGGACUGGGAGGCGCUGGAGGGGCUGUGGGAGCGCCUGCUGGUGGGCGGCCUGCGGGUGUGCCCAGAGCAGUGGCCGGUGCUGGUGAGCGACUCGCCGUCGGCUCCGCCCGCGGGCCGCGAGAGGGUGGCCGAGCUGCUGUUCGAGGCCCUGGCAGUGCCCGCGUGCCACAUAGCUAGCACCGCGUUGCUGGCGCUCUGCUCUGUCGGCGCGUUCAGCGGGCUGGCCUUGGAGGCGGGCGCUGGCGUGUGCCACGCCACACCCAUCUAUGCGGGUCACUCGUGGCACGAGGCCACCUUCCGGCUGGACGUGGCAGGCAGUACUCUGUCGCGUUACCUGCGGGACCUGCUGGUGGCAGCCUGCCCCGAUCAACGAGUGCAUGCCCUGCCCCGCAAGGUCAUCACACAGCUCAAGAAGCGCUGCUGCUAUGUGUCGCUGGACUUCGAGGGUGACCUCCGUAACCCUGCCCGCCACCGUCCUGUCAGUUUCUACUUAGGCAAUGGGUGCUCUGUCUGCCUCAGCAGUGAGCGCUUCCGCUGCCCGGAACCUAUCUUCCAGCCGGGUCUGCUAGGCCAGGCUGAGCCGGGACUGCCCACCCUGGCCUUCCGGGCACUGCAGAGGAUGCCCACAACACUACGGACACGGCUGGCCAACACCGUGGUGGUGGCCGGUGGCUCCACGCUUUUCCCUGGCUUCACUGAGCGCCUGGAGAUGGAGCUGGAAGCCCAGUGCCGGCGGCAUGGUUAUGGGGCACUGCAGCCUCGCCUGGUGGCCAAACCCGGGCGUGGCACAGCAGUGUGGACAGGCGGCUCCAUGGUGGCCUCAUUGCGUUCCUUCCAAUGCCACUGGAUGACCCGGGCCAUGUACCAGGAAUGUGGCUCCAGGCUGGUGCAUGAAGUGUUCAACUGACUCAUGUUGGACUGGGGGGUGGGGUGCAGAGGCAGACACCUGGCAGGCUGAGCUGCAGCUCUAUCAGAGGCAUUGAGUGCCAGAUAAAAGGCUCAGUGAUUGGAGCUGGCAGAGUCGUGUGGUGAUGGGUCACCCU